AUGACCGACGCCGCCGACCUCGAGACGACAUCACUCAACGACAUCUUCAUCCCGCCCUCUGUCCACCACGACGCCCUCCUCGGCGGCGAUAGCUACACACACUUCUCCUCCAUCCCGUCCGCCCUACUUCCUUCCGCCCCCGGCGCAGACGACGGCGUCCCCUGCUGUCUAGGCGUGGACGAGGCCGGGCGCGGUCCCGUGCUGGGCCCCAUGGUCUACGGCGUCUUCUACCUGCCACUGACCCUCUCCGACCCGCUCCUGCGCCAAGAGCACCACUUUGACGACUCCAAAGUCCUCACCCCCGCCGUGCGGUCCAGCCUCAUGCAGAAGCUGUGCACACCGCCUCCUCCUUCCCCUCCUGCAACCACUCCCCAGCCCGCCGAGGGCGAGGGCGACGGCAAUGGACACACCUCGCCGCAGCCCACCCUCUACACCCACACCGGCUGGGCCACCACCGCCCUCUCCGCCCGCUCCAUCUCCACCGCCAUGUACCGCCCCGGCACCGCCUACAACCUCAAUGCCCAGGCCAUGGACGCCACCGUCGCCCUCAUCCGCGGCGUCCUCGCCCGCGGCGUCAACGUGCGUGAGAUCUACGUCGACACCAUCGGCCCGCCCGCCACCUACCAGAAGAGGCUGGAGCGCUUCUUCCCCUCCGUGCGCGUCACCGUCGCCAAGAAGGCCGACAGUCUGUACCCCUGCGUGAGCGCCGCCAGCGUGUGCGCCAAGGUCACGCGGGAUGCCUGUCUGGAGGUGCUGUACGAGCAGCAGCUGGCCCGGGCCGGAGGAGGACGAGGAGGACGAGGAGGACGAGGAGGAGGACGAGGAGGCCAGAAUGCUGAUUCAGAAGGGAAGGAGGGUGGUGGAGGGAUUAUGGCGUGGGGCUCCGGCUAUCCGUCCGACGCGAGGUGUGUGAGCUGGAUGAGGGCGAACAUGCACCCUCUGUUUGGGUGGGGUCCCGAGUGCAGGUUCAGCUGGGGCACGGCCAAGGACAUGAUCGAGGCCAAGGGCGGCGCCGGUGUCAAGGUCGAAUGGCCGGUCGAGGACGACGGAGAGACGAGUCGGCUGACGGAUUUCUUUGUCGGUAUUGAUGAUCGCGACGAGACUGCUGAUGAGCUGGGGUCCUGGUUCGGGACUCCUGUUGCGUUAGAGACGUUCUGA